CCUACUUCCAUGUGUAAUUAUUGUUUUGAUCAUGAUUUACACUGACAUAAUCUAGACUCUAGAUCUAAAACUAGUCUUAUUGUAUGAAAAUCAGAUUGGGGUUCGCAUUAUGAUUAUCAAUGUAUUGAGGGACAACUAAGAAUGUCAAGAUCAAAAUGGAUGAUGCUGUAAGUCGUGACUCUGUAACUUCCUCAACAAGUGAAGAGUUUGUUGUUGUUAACGGAGAACCCAAGCUAAAAGUUGCAGCAGAUGUCAAUGACAUUAGUGAGGAGAUUGCCAGUGCCACUGCUACAGACUUUAAAAUGUCAGACAGUAGAGACAAUCUUGAAGAACAUUGUGACCAUGUGAUACCUGGUAGCCAGUCAGUUAACAUUCUGAGCUCCGAGUCAAUCUUGGAGAACUACCCAGACACUCCUAGUGAGGAAAGUAAACCAAUGCCUGGUUCAGACCGGGUGCGAUCAGCUUCCCUUCCUGCAACUCCUAAUGGGGACUGCACUAUCUUCAAUGGAGUGACCUACCUGGGCAGUGCCAUGGUGAAUGCUCCUCGGAGUGAAGGGGAAAUCUAUCGCAACAUGGCAGUGCUUAACCAGCACAGUCAAAGCGCCAUCCCAGUAGCCCUGUCUGUUCCAGCAACUUCUGAAGGAAUAGUCAACAGAAGUGGAGAACUAGUCCGAUUGCUGGAACCCACCUCCAACACAGAGAUCACCAAUUUCAGGAUACAUCGCAUCUUGUUUUGUGCCAGAGGCCCCUCAGACACUGACGAGAGGCAGUGUUUUGCUUUCACUUGUAGCCAUGGCGACACUGCUGAGAAUACCAUCUUCCAGUGCCAUGUUUUUCGCUGUGAUAUCCCUGAAGCAGUUCCAAAAAUUUUAUACUGCUUUGCUAACACAUUUAGAAGAAUUCCAAAAAGACAAAAGUCUAAUGAGGCAUCAUUUACUAGCAGUGAGCAUACUUUUACAUUUUCUGUGAGUCUUGAAUUCCGUGAAGAUGAUGGCAAGGGAGGCUACUCUGUGUGUCCUAAAGACAAAGAUGUAUUUAAAUUCAGAGUCAACACAGAGAAGCGUCUUCAGAUUUCUGUACAGCAGUCAGGUCCUCAUGAUCUGAGAAUUGAAAGAUGUUUUGGCUUAUUGAUUUCACCUGGAAGAAAUGUACAACACAGUGAUAUGCAGUUGAUAGAAUUGGUGUCUAUGGGCUAUGCUCCUGACACCAAGCUGUACAAUGUUGCUGGACAAUGGGAUCCUUCAGAAAAAUGUUUUGCUAUACUCAACACUGAGACAGAGAAAGAUACGCGAGUUUUUCUGACUGUGGCAGUUGACUUGGUUCUUUUUGGCAUCCAGGAACCUGUCAGGUUUAUACUGGAAACUAGGGCUAAGAUAUAUCCAGUGUCUGAGAGGUUCUGGUACCUGAGUCGUAACAAAGGCUUCACAGAACAGUUUAGUGUCAGGCUAAAACAGGUGGAGGGUAAUGGUGAUGGCAAAUGUUAUGAAGUUGUUAAAGUAGAAAGCCAGACAGAGGUGGAGAGAAGAACUCACAAUAUGACCUUGAACUUGAGUGGCACUAACAGGGCUCCACCAGAAUCCAUUAAAACUCCACAAGAAGAGGAAGAUUCAGAUAUUGAUGAGCCUUUGUUAAGUGGCUCUGGUAUUGUCAGUAAAGAGGUCACUGAUGAGAACUUGCUGGAAGCCUGGGCAGAAGUCCUGGCCAGGUGGAGGAAGAACCUCUCCUCAAGACCACGUCAGGUGACCCAGCUGGUACGUAAAACCAUUCCAGAAGCUCUGCGUGGGGAGGUCUGGCUGCUGUUGGCUGGUUGUCAUGACAACCAGGACUUGCUGGAGGCUUACAGAACAUUAAUCAUCAAGGAUUCCCCAUCUGAUGCUGUGAUACAAAGAGAUAUCAACAGGACAUUCCCUGCUCAUGAUUUUUUUAAAGAUGCUGGAGGUCAAGGUCAGGACUCCCUUUACAGAAUCAGCAAGGCUUACUCUGUGUAUGAUGAAGAAAUUGGCUAUGUUCAGGGCUUGUCAUUCCUUGCAGCAGCUCUCUUGUUACAUAUGCCAGAAGAACAAGCUUUCUGUGUCCUUGUAAAGAUCAUGUAUGACUAUCAGCUGAGGGAACUUUUCAAACAAGGUUUUCAAGUUUUACACUUAAAAUUUUAUCAGCUGGAGAGACUAAUGCAGGACCAUCUUCCUGACCUAUAUGAUCACUUUGCUGAGAUGGGUCUAGAGAUUCACAUGUUUGCCUCCCAAUGGUUCCUGACUCUUUUCACUGCCAAGUUUCCUCUUCAUUUAGUCUUUGGAAUUCUAGAUUUGUUCUUGAGCGAGGGUCACCUCAUUAUAUUCUGUGUAGCUUUGGCUUUACUGAAAUCAUCUCGCAAAGACCUUCUAGCUCAUGACUUUGAGGGCGUCUUGAAAUAUUUCAGAGUUCAUUUGCCCAAGAGAUUCAGAGGAGAGGAACCUGCCAAGGAGCUGAUGAGGUCAACUGUCAACAUGAAAGUGAGCAGUCGUAAACUUAAGAAAUAUGAGAAGGAAUAUCAAACAAUACAGGAACAGAGUCUAGCACAGGAAGAUCCUGUAGAGAGAUAUGAGAGAGAGAACAAACGGCUCCUAGAAGCUAACAUGAGGCUAGAACAAGAGAAUGAUGACUUGGCUCAUGAGCUUGUGGACAGCAAACUAAACUUAAAUAAUCAAAUUGAUACUCUGACUGACAAAUGUCUUGAGUUAGACAGAGACUUGAAACAAACUAGUCAUCUCCUCAAGGAGACUGAAGAUGAGAAGAAAAGACUGGAUGCUGAGUCCAAGUCUCUGAAAGAAAUGUGCCGCAGAGAACUGGAACGGGCUGAAUCAGAGUCCAAGAGAAAUACAGCCAUUAUAGCAGAUUAUAAACAGAUCUGUACACAAUUGAGUGAGAGGUUAGAGAAACAACAAACAACAUUCAAAGAAGAAUUAGUUGCUAUCAAGGCUCAAGUGAAAUCCUGUAACCAAUGUUGUGCUUUGUUUGAUGGAGAUAAUUUGAGAAUGGUAGACAACUCUAGAGAAACCCAGGAAGAUCCAGAUGUAACAUUAUUGCAGAAACAUAUCCGUGAGCUAGAGCUGGAGUUAGCUCAAACUAAACUAGCUUUAGUAGAGUCAGAAUGUAAGACUCAGGACCUGACCCAUCAGCUGAAUGCUGCUGUCACAGAGAUUACUGCCAACAAGAACACCUGGUUCCAAAAGACUCUUAGUUCCAUCAGGGACGUGGCCUCCACAAAGAAGGACCCAAAGGAUUAGAGUCAGUUUUAUCUCUUUAGUCUUGGUAUUCAUGGAGUUGGACUGUGGACACAUGAAAAUACAAACGAUGUCAUUGUUAAACACUUGAUCUGUUGGUGAAUGAAGAGAUAGAUGACCACUGUGCUGUUGAAACUAUCAAACAUCUCUUUGAGAACUUUGGAUUGUUGAGUAUUCUUUAUGGAGUUGGUCAGCAACUGACCCAAGGGGGUAAGGGCAUUCUGUUCAAGUCUUUGAGCUACUUAGGAGACCUUCUAAGUUUGUGAGCUACUGAACUAGGAAGCAGUGUAUGGGAAUCUACUAGUCUACAUGUAUUAUUGGCUUUGUUGUUUUAACUGGGCAUAAUUUUAGUGAGUUCAAAAUGUUCCUGUGUCAAUGUCACUGUGGGGUACAUCUUGCUGAGCUUCUUUCAUAACAAACACAGCUCUCUUGCAUGGAGUCUCAAAUCUGCUUCAUGGCUGUUCUUGUUCUUUUCUUAAAUGUACAUUUGUAAAGAGUGCAGUGUUGUCCUAAUUUCUUGGUCUCUCUUCAAAUCUCAAGCUCUCAGCAGUUAACGUUUUUUAGAUAAAUAUCAGAUUUGACAACUAUUUCCAUUCGUGAUGCUAACAAACAGAAAACUGAAUGCUACACUAUUUAUAUACCUCAGGGUUAUACCAGACCUGCCUACCUAAAAAAGUCCAAAUGUGUAACACACAGUCAAAAUGGGUAUUUUGGUAUCUCAAUAUGCAACAUGUGCCAACAAAUUAUUUUUAACAGUAUAAACUGGAAUAUUAUAAUUAUUAUAAAAAAUGCUUAUAUUUAUAUAGGCCUACAAUUUUCACAUCCAGAUCAAUUUUAAGUAUUUACAAUUAUAUUUUAUUUAUUCUCUAAUCCUCUUUUUGGAGAGAUUUCCUAGAGACUUUUCAAAUCUCUCAACUCAACAUCAGUAUACUUUCUUUUUUGUCAUGCGCUGCUGGAAAAGGCCUGGGCAUGUGUGUAAUUAAAAUCAAUUAUUAAUAUAAUUUAGUUUUGGUGACAUUAGGUCUUGUGGUUUUUUAACGCCGCCACAGACCAGCGUGCAUUACUGGAGGAGAAACACAACACACAGGUAGCAUACCAUAGAGAAGAGAAUCCCUUUCAUUAACAAGAUUAAAAUUUUAAUGUAAUUAAAGAUAAAAGUGAGAGGGAUUACUAAGAUGAGGAUUAUAAUUAUGCAUUCUAAAGUAACAUAUCUAUAAGUAAAGAUAAAUGAUAUGGUUAAAUCAUCAUAUUGACUGCUGACAAUAAAUUUGUAAAUGCUCUAUUGUUUGUAUGACUUAGCUCUUAGGCUCCUGGAUUUGGUCAUUGUCUCAAAAGUUUAUCCAUCUGCCUUGGUGCUGUAGACUGUUUUAGUCUGCUAGCGCAAGCAGCAACUUGGGAGGUGCCAGCUACAACCAAAAUACUACAGUUGAGUUACAAAUAGCCAGCCACUGUUAUGUGACCUCAAAGUGGGAGUGACACAGCAGAGGGUGGGGCAACAUCAACGUUGAUGCAGGCUGCAGGUGCUGAGAAUAGACUUCAGAUAUAGAAAUUAGUACUCAAUGUUCACUGGUGCCAAGGUUCCUUCCUCCAGUCACAGAGUUAAGGGUUGAUUUAACAGGAAUAGCAGGAAAUGGAUUUCGUUGUAUUGAGCCAGGAGGGCUACUACAAGUUCAGAUAUAGAGUAGGGAGGAAUCAAUCAUUCGGAUCCAGCAAGAAGUCUGCAAAACAGGAAGUUUGCAGAUUCAGCUAGAAAGGGGAGAUAAUUAGCAUGCAAUUAAUAAAUAAUAAUUAAUUCUGUGAUAAAAUUUAUUGUAAGCAAGCUUGUGACACACAUCCAGAUCAAUUUUAAGUCUUUACAAUUCUAGUUUGUAUAGUCUCUAAUCAUCUUUUUGGAGAGAUUUCUUAGAGACUGUUUUCAAAUCUCUCAACAUCAGUAUACUUUCUGUCCAAUGCAUUAUUUUCUGGUCUUGAUUUGGCUAUAAGCAAUGCUUCCAAAGUGUCAUUACUGAGGCUACUUCUGGCAUCAGUCUUCAUUUUUCUCACAAUUGAGAAAAUGCAUUCAAAGUGAGCAGAUGAAUGAGGAAUAGUCAGAACUGACAUCAUGGUUUGUGUCAGAAAUGUAAAUAUUUUCUCAUUAUUUUCUUUUAAUCCUGCUCUAGCUGACCAUGCUGAAUCUUUUCUUUCUCUUACACUGUCACUGAUAUCAGUCAUGUUAGCUGCAUUCUCUGGCACUAUGAAAGGAAAUUUAUCAGCAAAGUAAUCACUUGCUGAAGUUUUCCCAUCAGCUACAUUAUGUAAGGAUGUAUCUACAAUUUCAGCAUGUUUCAAAAGCUCAGUUGAAGUGGCAGCUUAUUUGUUUGAUACUUAACAGAAGUCACAUAAAACUGUUUGACUGCUUCCAAAAAUUCUUGCAGACUUUCUUGCCUAAGGUGAACCUCUUCUUUUCUCUUCUUGAAGUCACUUGCUGACUGACCUAAGUAAAUUUCUGUGGAGUCUUAAAUGUUUGUUGCAACAGAAAUAUUAACCUCCAGUACAUCUUUGUUCAACAUGGCAGAUGGUUUAGCAAAACGAAUGAGCAAGGAUUUGAUCAGUUUUUCAAGCCUUCUUCUUAAAACAUGAAUCAUUGGAGAAGCACUUUGCAAUUUUAGUGUUGUUGUCAUCCAAUGGUUGAAGAGCUUCAACCAGAAAAUAAAUCAGACUGCUAGUAGGUGAAGAGAACAUUUGUCAAAGUUAUCUGCUUUUCUAUGCCUUUUGCUUUUCACAAAAAGAUUUGGCAUGUUUUUCUUGAUAUUUCAAAAACUCCAGUAAAGGCUCCCAGUUCUCCAAAAGUCUUGGUAAACAUCUCUUAAUACUCAGCCACCUGGUGCUGACAUGCUUCAAAGCUUUGAGUUUGUAAUUUCAUGCCAAUUGUGAAUGUGUUUAACAUUGCUUUGUCAAACACAGCUUCUUUUAAAAUCAUACAAAACAUUGAUCAAAAGUUGUUCAACACUGAAUGCUUGAUGCACCUUGUUCUGCUGCAAUAUAUAUCUGAUGACAUAAUAAAAAUAGUAAUAAGGCUUGUCUUCUGCCACUACCAGAAAAAAAAGUAGUGGGAUUUUCUUUUUUAAGAUAUAACCAUAGACUCCUUUCUCUUUUCCAGACGUUACUGGAGCAUUGUCUGCACCAAGAGAAAUACAAUGUUCCCUGGGUACUAAGUUUUAAACUCAUUGUCAGCUAGGGUAAAUUUUGUCUCACCUGUUGUAGGUGUCUCACACCUUUUUAACAGAAGAUUUAGCUCUCUAUUGGAAAUAGUUUAUUAUUGUUAUUGUUUCCAUCUGAUGAAGUGGUAAAAAGAAACAUCCGCUUUCUUGAUGCAAGAGUUGUUGUAUUUUUUGCAGCUAUCUCCUUAACAAUGGCAGUUCCUUUAGAUCUUCCACAUGGAAAUAUCUGUGCCACAUCACUGUCAUAAGUUUAAAAGCAUUUGUCAGUUUGUCAAGACAUGACAAUGGAAUGCUCAUUGUUUACUGCUAGAUCUUCUAGCCUAACUUCAGAUCUAACAAUGUUUUGGAAUCAGAUUUACUAAACUACUUAUAGACUUUGUCUCUUUCACACGUUUGGACAAAUCAUUAUUUUAGUUUUAGUGUCUAUUAAUGAUGAAUUUCUGACUAUUACAAAUGUCACAAUAAGUAUUUGACUCAAAUGUUGGUCUCGCUUUAACAUAAGAACAUUCUCUAGUAUAUUCCUUUCUGAAAAUUUGAACACGUUAUUUUGCAUUUGAUGGAGCAAUAUUUUCAAUGACUGUGUACUUAAACAUUCUCGAUUCAAUUGAAAUUUCUAAGGAACAGGAAAAACAUUUGAAGGCUAUUAUUGUCUUCGACUUUUAAUUGUUAGAAUAGGCUAUCAAGAACAAAUAAAUAGUUGACCUAUGGUACCAAAAUGUCACACACAGCACAGUGUCUUCGCACAACAUAUUCUGUUAAUUUUUUUCCACAUAGAAUGGCUUGGUGACCUACGUACCACUAGUAAGCUAUCAAGAACCCAUCAAUAGUUGACUUAUGGUACUAAAAUGGUACUAAAAUAUCACCCACAGCAAAGUGUGCUUUCUUCCUGAGGUAGUAUUUUCAGCCCACCUUUUCUAUUUAUUUUUUUUCCCAAUAGGACAGCUUAGAGUGACCUCCAUAACCACUCAUAAGCUAGCUUAGAGAGGAAAAAAAAGAAAGCAAAAUGUGUAAGGCCUCAGACUAAAUUGGCAUUUGCCUACUGGCUCUCAUUUUUUUUUUUUUUUUUUUUUUUUUUUAAGAGAUUUUACGUAACAUUAGGCAGGUCGGGUAUACUUUAUUUUUAUAAUUUAUAACUGUUGAGAAUGAUCUAUUUGUUUAGAAUGAACGUAAUUUUUUUUCUUUUUGUCUAUGUUACUAAAUGAUUUAAACACUUCAGCAUUGACGACAGCUUUGUUUGUGUCAAAACGAAUUCAAACUGUACUUAUUGAUCCCCUCAGAAUUCAUUUCUCAGCACAAAAACUUACACAAUAUCAUUUCAUUGGGGAAUCUCUUCAUACAUUCAAAGUCCUACACUUUUUUUUUUCAAGUAUUUUAUUUUGUUGACACCAGAGAUUAUUAACUUACUUUAUUGAAUGGAAAUUCUCUAGCAUAAUACUCAAAUGUGACUUUCAGUCUGUCAAGAGUUUGUCCCAGUUUUAUACGAGAAUUAUGUUUGAAAAAGUAUUUCUCUAGCUAGUAACUUGUCACACUUACAUGAAACAUGGAUAUUUUGAUUUAUUUUUCUAGAUCAUUAAAACAUUGAGCUCAAAUAUUUCAACCUUUUUCUAAUUAUCAAUAAUAAUGAUAAGAUUCAGUGUUUUUAUAUCAUUACAAAGCUUAUAUCAAUUCACUCUGUCUAACUGUCUGUCUGCGAUCUCAGAUUAAGCUGAAAUUUUACAAAAUUUUUUCUUUUACCUGAUAACACAAGAAUCAUAAAAAAAAUUAACCAAUUAUUUAAUUAACUUUUGGUAAUCAAAUAUUUUGUUUGGUAUCUAGAACAAGGGAAAGAAAUCAUACUUAACAGAUGUGGUGGUAUAAGUUGAAUUAGUCUUGAGCCCUGAGUGAACAUUUUUUUUAUGCAUUUAAAAAACAAUCUUGUAAACAUUCAUCGAGAUACCUUCUUCUUCUCUCCCCCUUUCACAACUGGUCUAGACUCCUGAUACAAUCAUAGCACAUUGAAAACGCUAAAUGCUAAACAAAAACAAUUCAUCAAUUGGUAAAAAUAUUUCUAAUCACACAGGUUUAUUAUGUCUAGGUCAAUCAUACAUAUACAUGACUGAUCCAAACUAAUUGAUACACUUACACUUAUUAUAAGCUUGUUUUUUUUUUUUUAGUAAUUUUUAUGUUAUUUUUUUUUAGUUAAAAUAUAAAUUUCUUUUAGUUCUUAAAGCUUCUUAGGGUACUCAUAUGAUUUAUUGGUUGUGAAAAUUUAAAUUAAGUGUAGCUAUCAAAUCUUUCUUUUGUCUGGGAAGCGUGGUCGAGAGGCUAAGUGCGCUAGAACUUGGCUUUGCUUGGCUACAUACGAAGGGGGCUCGAGGUUGGACACCCGACUCGAGCAUAGUUGUGUUUACUGAGGCAGCACGGAAAAACCUUCUCCUAGAUACCUUCUCCCCCCAUUGGUUCUACAAACGAGAUUGAACCAAAGCGCUCUGAGCAUGCUAUAAGCAUGAAAGUAGCGCUAUAUAAAAGCCAUAAUUUAUUUAAUAAGCCAGUUGUAGAGAGUUGAUCUGUUGAAGUGAGAAUCCUUAUCCAGACUUCUGUUUCGUCAAAGUAUUGAAAAUUAAAGAAUUGUCAUGAAUGAUAAUCUUACUAGUCAUUUUGUGUGAUCUUGUAAUGAUUGUUAGGAAACAGUCUCUUCCCCUCCCUACUGACUCUACAUCUAACUCCAUUCACUGACUAGAAGAGGCUUCUUGUCUGAGUCAGGGACCAAUAUUAUUUUAAGAAUGACCGCAACUUUCUUGUUUUUGCUGAUAUUUAUAUUGUUAUGAUCUGUUUUCAUGGCAAGACAGUGAAUCAAUGUGAUAGCAAGCUUUUGUUUGUUGUUUAAGAAUAACUGCAACACUUCUUUCUAUUCUUUGUUGUAUUCUGUAGGUUCACUUUGUUAGCAUCUGUUGACUUGAAAGUAAAUCUUGGAAAGACAACAUUGGUUUCAGCGCUAGAUUCUUUUAGCUUCUAAAAGUUUAUCAUUUGAAAGUCUGCACUUUGCAUUAAUUAUGAGAUUGCUGACAACUAAUGCAAGUUAAUACAGUAUCUAUUACUUUUAAAAUAAUAAUAUCUUAUCUUAUAAAUUACAAGUGUCAUCUAAAAUGAAUCUUAAUAAAUACUAUGCAUUUAGUAUGUCCUCUUGGUUUUAUUAAUUAGAGACAAUAGAGUCAUUUCCUGGCUGAUUUAGGUACACCAAAAUUACAAUAUUUUGUUUCAAUACAUUAAUAAUUAUAUUAAUUGGUAUUUAACUUGGGGAUUUUUCUUUACCAUUUUUGUAAAAUUAACAAAGAAAAAAAAAAAGGUUGGUCAUAUUAACUAAAGAUAAUAUAGUCAUUCCAAACAGAUUUGGCACCAAAUUUUUUUAAGCAUUGAUAAUUAUACUAAUUUGUAUUUAAAUUACUGAUAGUUUAAUUAUCCCAAAAACUUGCACUGAGAGAUACACUACACUGUACUGCAGUUUGAUGAGUGUUUUUCUUUUACAGUACCAUUUUUGUUUUAAAAAAAAAAAAAGGAUCAUGCAUUAUCUUGAUAAACAUAAGGACAUUUAAUGGAACAAAAUGUUUUUUUUUAUUCAGGUGAAAUAAGAACAGUAUGUUUUGGUUAGGCUUUUUUCUGUCAUCAUAAACUCUUGUAUGUGCUACUAACAUUGAAUAUUGUUGUGUAUAUAUCAAGUCUGUGUACAGUGUGUAGAGCAGUGUACAAAGAAAAAGUGCUUCUUUCUAAGUCUGUGCAAUAUCCUGUACUACUUAUUCCCCUAUAUAUACAUAUAUAACAUUGUUUUAUAUCAUUGGCAUUAAUGUUAUUAAUAGUUUAUGAAAACGCCUCAAAUGUGCAUUUUUGUUUUCUACAUAGAAUUUCAUUUUUUAAAACUAGUGUUUGAUUUUUUUUUCCCAGACCAAAUUUCAUAAUUGUUGUUAGCUUUCUUACUCAAGAAAUACUAAUAAAUGCUGUGCUACUUGAGAAAAACAAAUUGAUGUAUGUACAUAAUAGUAUAUUAAUAUAUUUCUUUCACCUAUAUUUGUUUCAUUUAUUACAUAAUCAAAAGAAAUGUAAUAAACAAAUGUAAGGGUUUACUUUUUAAUAUUUAAUCAAAAUAUUUGUUUGUUCAUAUUGUUUUGUUGUUUGUUUGUUUUUUAUAAAUUUUUGAAUUGUGACAUUUCUUUUAUUAAUUAAUCCACUGUUGUCUGUCACUAAGACAAUUAUAUUUAUUUAUCCAGUGUUAACUCAUAAAUUUAUGAUGAUCCAUCUAUUAAAUAUGUGCUUGACAAUUGUUGUAUUUAUUGUUAGAAAAUUCCUAAUUUCACACUUCAACUCUUCAAUACUGGUGGAGCUAUUUGAAAUAUUAUUAUUGUCCUAUGAAAAUGAGUGUAAAUGCUUGUAUUAGUUAGAACUGCAAGAGAUGAAAUGGAAAGUACACGUUUCAUUGUUCCAAUCAUUGAGGUGUUAUGUAGGAUCUCAAGUUGUUUGCUGGAUGUUAAUGCUAGAAUCUAGCAAACAUUGUUAGCUUCUAAUCUGUAUUUUGUAGUUCUGCCCUAAAUAAAUAUUGCACAUAACUUUUGCAGUGAAUGACGUGA